AAAGGAAACAACUUAAGACGGUGAGAACAGAGUGAGCACACAUUCAGAGCUGACAGAGUGGGAACGAAGAGGGAGAAAGACUUAAGACUUUGACUCUCAGCAACAAACAGGUACAGUCAGCUUUUCUCAACAUUUUUCGUCUCAGUACUUAUAACUUUACUGACUGCCAUUGAGAUGUGGUGUGACCUAUUGCAAAAUAAUGUAAAGUUGGUUAUUUGCUGCAUUGAAACACAUGAGAAAAACCAGUUCUGUUUUCUGUUAAGGCUGAACUAGAAAUCUAGUUGUGUUUUGUUUCAGUUUUGUGGUUCCCACAAAACGUAUCUGGCAUGUUUCCCAGAGACAAUGAAGUACUGAUGGGGUCACCCCAACAGUUGUAUUUUUUUCUUCCAGCACUCAGCAUUUAUUUAUCUAAAGCAUGGGAUGGAAACCAGAAACCACAAAUACUUGUUGAAUAACAAAGAGGCAUUUCCGAGUCAUAAACUUAAAUUAAACAACAUCCUGGUCAACAAGUAUUACAAAAAUCGUUUUUUUAAUGAAACCAAAACUUUUCUUAUGUCAAAAAGAAACAACCUCUACAUCUGAUAAAUCUUUUUUGGUGUGCUUAGAUAUUAUUAAUUUUUGUCCAUAUUUUUGUAUCUAAGUUUUGUUUUUUAAUGAAUUUUAGGCAUUUCCCACCACUACUAUAAUUACUGCUUGAUUUCAGUUUCUUUAUACAACUUUUAAGUCUUUAUGACAGCUGCUUUAAAUUGAUAUUCUACCCAUAGUAAAUAAGCAAGGAAACAGCGGUCUCUAUUUAAGACUAAAAAGAUUUGCAUCAUCUGUGAACAAUGUCUGUGAUGUAUUUAUAGCUGUAUUAUUGUUCUCAUAACUUGUCAUUUCUGCCUAUAGACAUGAUGUCACUGCACAGGAACCUGACUGCACUUCUCCUUUUUCUGUGUGCCUCCCCGUUCCUUCACUCCCACCUUUCCACUCAUGCUGCCACUACUUCCCGUCCCGCCACUCGUCCUGGCAUCAAGUUCACUGCCUUUGGUCCUGACUAUGACGAGGAAACCCCUUCCCCUGAUGUGGUGUCCCCUAGGAGGACCACUAUCCUCAGACACGGACCGCCACAAACCUGUCAGUACGACUCCUGCUCUGAGAACCAGGAGCCAUGUCAAAGCCUUCAUGAAAAAUAUUCAUGCCUUUGUCCUGGAGUCAGUCCAGCAGAUGAGCUUCCUCAUGCACCUCGCAUCCGAGCACUAAACCCCAUCAGUGUAGGGGCUGACAGGGGGAAGAUCGAGGUCCAGUGGUGCGCUCCAUCUUCCGUGGUGUUGAAGUACAGGGUGGCGAUUGAGGGAAGUGAAGGAAACACAAUGGAGUUUAAGUCGGUUUCACGAAGAGGAGUGAUUAGUUCCUUGGAAGUUGGGACCAGAGUGUGUGUAGAGGCAGUGAACAAUGCCGGAAGCAGCAGUCCUACAGAUUUCUCCUGUAUGCGGUAUGACCACUCUAAAUCAUCUGACCACAAACUGCUGGCUGGGGUCAUAGGAGGAGGAGUUGCCCUCCUUUUAAUUCUCAUCAUAGCAGCUGUGAUUCUAUGGAAGUACCGAAUGCAUAAAAAAGCAAAGGGAGACUCUAGUGAUGGACUGGGGAACCCGUCUUAUAGCACAGAGGGAACUCUGUGAUCCAGACUCAGCACAGACAAUCAGUCCAAGUCACACUGAAAAGGCCUGUUUAGACCGGCUCUAAAGGGGCCUUGAAGCAGAGUGGGCAAUGCUGUAAUCAUGAACAAAGCCAAAUAGUCCUGAACUGAGUUUAUGAUUGAUUUAGAAAAGAAGUUGUUUACAUUCCUGAGUCAAGGUGUAUUUAAUGGGAUCAAGAUGAGUGUUGAAUAACACUAAGAAAUGGGUAAUUCAUUAAACUCGUGGUACAUAUUACACGUUAAUUUGCUGGCGAAUUAACAUUUGUAGAUUUAAUAUAGUGUUUUUUUCUUAGUUGAUCAUGGCUGGAUUUGCUUUAAUUGUUGUAUCUUUUCUUACCAUUUACACAUUGACUUGAAUUUUUGUAACAAACUAAAACUUAUUUUAAUAAAAAAAAAAAAGUGUAAAUAGUCUGGAUUCAAUUUUUGUUUUACUGUGAAAGGUAGGACAUAAAGUUUACAUUUGUGCUGGUGUCUCAGCAAAAACCACAAUGGCUGAUUGCCACGGCAAGGCUCUGAAGCUUUACGACAACUGGACCCAUAUGCCCUGUAAGUGGUACUGCAGGCUGGCAAAUGGUGAGUGUGGGCGCCAUACGAUAUCAUUGCCUCAGUGGACACCUUAAUUCAAGUUAAUUUGUUGAAUGAAAGCAUCUUCAUUGUCACAUAAAGCUCUCACCGAAAAUCUGCUAUCAUACUGUAUCUAUCUGUGUAAAGGCAAAGAGAGUAUUUGCUUAUAGCAGCUUCUUUUACAGAAUGUGCUUCUUUUGUCUUUGUGGAUUUGUAGAUUAAUAUAGUGGGUUUUUUUUCUUAGUUGAUCAUGGCUGGAUUAGCUUUAAUUGUUGUAUCUUUUCUUACCAUUUACAUAUUGAAUUGAAUUUUUCUAUAACAAACUAAAACUUAUUUUUAAAAAAUGUGUAAAUAGUCUGGAUUAAAUUUUUGUGUUAGUGUGAAAGGUAGGACAUUACAUAGUGUACAUUUUAAAUGGUGUCUCAGCAAAAACCACAAUGGCUGAUUGCCAUGGCAAUGGCGCUGAGGCUUUACGACAAUUGGACCCAUAUGCUCCAUAAGUGAUACUGCAGGCUCGCAAGUGGUGAGUGUGGGUGCCAUAUGAUACCAUUGCCUUAAUGGACACCCCUCUUGAGUUAAUUUGUUGAAUGAAAGCAUCUUCAUUGUCACAUAAAGCUCUCAACAAAAAUCUGAUAUCAUAUCUAUCUGUGCAAAAAAAAGAAAGUAUUUGAUUAUAGCAGCUUCUUUUACAGAUUGUGCUUCUUUUGUCUCUGUAGAUUUGUAAAUUUAACAUAGUGUUUUUUUCUUAUUCCAUCAUGCUGGAUUUGCUUUAAUUGUUGUAUCUUUUCUUACCAUUUAUAUAUUGACUUGAAUUUAUUUGUAAAAAACUAAAACUUAUUUUAAAAAAUUGUGUAAAUGGUCUGAAUUAAAUUUUUGUGUUAGUAUGAAAGGUAUGACAAUACAAA